GAUAGAAAGAGAGAGGGAGAAAGAGAGAGAGAGGGAAAGAGAGAGAGAGAGAGAGAGAGAGAGAGAGAAAAGAAGAAAGAACGAAAGAAAGAAAGAAAGAAAAGGAAGAAAGAAAAGGAAGAAAGAGAACGUCUAAUAUGCGGGACGUCAUUGGGUCGAGCGAGCGAGCUCCGAGACAAAAUGGGGCCCGUUGAUCGGGCCCGGAAGAGCGCUGGGCUCCGAUCACUAACGGAGGUAUGGAUGUCAUCGGGGACGGGGACGAGCAGACCCUCCAGGCGAUUCUAGGUCGAGGCGACUUCGUUGGAGGAAUUGACAACGAAGCCUUUGACUUUUCGCAGUUGGAGGAUUUCAUUAACAGCGACAGCGAACAACCAGCAACAAAUUCGAUGUCCAUGCGUGCCUGUGCUUGUGCUUGUGCAUAUUUCGCGGACACUCUCGCGGCAGAAGAAAACGGGAGUGGAACGACGAGUCAUGGCGAUCGAGUUGAAGCAACGGGUAGUCAGCAAACACCACAACGUUUACCUUCACCGAUCGCUCACAAUCAUGCUGUGUCGAACGCAUGUUCUUCUGGUACCACCACUACCACCGUCCCAACCGGUACCGCCUACAAAGAUCCACAAUCGUACGUUCAUCCACAUCCGUUGCCAGAAAGUCCACCGGACAGUGGAAGCGAGCCACCAUAUUCUCCGCCUGGACACCAUGAUCCCCAACACGUUCACUCGCCACAUCAAAAGGCGGCCUUACAAGAAAUACUUUUACAUCACCAAGGUAAUACAUCCAAUUAUCCAGGCAAUUUGUUACCAUCCUCACCAAGAACAUUGGCCACAUCUACUGACCCCUUAUUGUUGACACAUCCGGUCUUAACUCCUCAUCUUACAUCAGGAACGACGAAUUUAUCGACUCAACAACAAAUUGCACCAACCUUAGUACCGUUGUCACACGAACAUGGUAACGAUGGUAUUAACACGUUAUACUCGUCUCUUCAGUCAGCACCUAAAAAGAGAAAACUUAGUCAGGAUGGGCUUGUUCAUGUCAAACAGUCUUUGCAUAAGGAGCCGGAACUUGGUACGGUGGAACAUAGUUGCAGCAGUAGCAGUGCUGUUCUCGAUGGUGACGAAGUUGCUGACAGUAAUUACAUUGAUCCAAGUUAUCAAUGCAUACGAUUUCAUCCCUUUCAACAAACUUCUUGGCACGUACUUUGUGAUCAUAAUCUUAAAGAACUUCCUGUACCGCAUUACAGAGUCGAUGCGGAUAAAGGAUUUAAUUUUAGUAAUUCUGACGAUGCUUUUGUUUGCCAAAAGAAGAAUCAUUUUCAGAUCACUUGUCAUGCACAAUUACAAGGCGAAGCUGUAUUCGUACGAACUGGUGAAGGAUUGAAGAAGAUAAAUAGCUUUCAAUUACAUUUUUAUGGUGUUAAAGUCGAAUCGCCGACGCAAACUAUCAGAGUAGAACAAAGUCAAAGCGACAGAAGUAAGAAACCCUUUCAUCCUGUUACCGUUGUUUCCAGGGUGGAUUUAGGCGGCGAACGUGUUACGAAAGUAACAGUCGGCCGCUUACAUUUUAGUGAAACAACGAGUAAUAAUAUGCGUAAAAAAGGAAAACCAAAUCCAGAUCAAAGAUAUUUUCAUUUGGUUGUUGGUCUUCAUGCUCAUACAGCAGACCAAGCAAGUUAUCAAGUCGUUGCACAUGCAUCGGAAAGAAUAAUCGUUAGGAACCAGCAACAUUUUGUACAGGCAAGUAAUCCAGGACAAUUUGAAUCUGAGGGUAGUGGUGUCGGAGCUGAAGGAGGAUGGCAAAGAGGUGCUGCACCUGAUAGCGUUUAUCAUGCUGGCCGAGUUGGUAUUAAUACGGAUAGACCGGACGAGGCUCUUGUAAUUCAUGGAAAUAUGAAGGUUACUGGUCAUAUAGUUCAACCAAGUGAUGCAAGAGCUAAACAAAAUGUUCAAGAAGUGGAUACACGUGAACAAUUGAGAAAUGUACAACAGCUUCGUGUUGUAAGAUAUCGAUAUGCUCCAGAAUUUGCCUUGCAUUCAGGUUUGGGAAUAAAACCACAAGAAGAUACCGGUGUUAUAGCUCAAGAGGUACAACAAAUUUUACCGGAAGCUGUACUUCCAGCCGGCGAUAUUGUUCUUCCAAAUGGUCAAAGAAUUGAAAAUUUUUUGGUGGUUAAUAAAGAACGAAUAUUCAUGGAAAAUGUAGGGGCCGUGAAAGAACUUUGUAAAGUAACAGAUAGUUUGGAAACUAGAAUAGAUCAACUAGAAAGAAUAAACAAACGCCUUGCUAAAUUAAAAAGAGGCGACAGUCUUAAAAGUUCCGUCAGUACGGUAUCUAGCAUAUCGAGUAAUAAAUACUCAUCGCCUACUAAUAACAAAUCGUCUAUCCUUGGAAAAACAAAAAGGAUUGAAAGAGAGGACGAACUUUUAUGCAGUAAUAAAUUUAUACAAAUUAUUAUCGUUAUACUUAUAUUGAUCAUGGCAUUUUGUCUCGUUGCAAUGGCAACAUUAUAUUUUCUGGAAUAUCAAAAACGUAGUAGCCUCGAAUGGUCUACAAUGGCAAGUAAAGAUAUGCUGGCUGUGAAACCUGUUCAUCCAGCAAUGUUAUCAACAACUCCAACAUACGAUCCUAGAUUGAAUUCUUUAUUACAUAGUACAAUAUCUUCUUUAUAUACAAAACACGGUCCGUAUACGAGAGGUUUAGACGGUGGAUUAUCCUUAAAAAGUAAUUCAUUAACAACACAAACGCCUAACACGAAGCAACAAUUAUAUUCGCAAGAAAUAACUUCGUGGUAUCCGAUAAAUCAUUCGGGACCACAACCAAAGCUCGAUAAAAAUAACGAAUUUCCUGGGAAUUGGUUGAGUAAAAACGGUGCAGGUGCCAUUCCUAGUAAUGUAGAUGAAAAUGAUCAAGGAACAGACGUUGAUGCAAUAUCAAACAAAGAUCCGAUUCCUUUAGGAAGACCAAUUGAUUGUCCUGCACAUUUUAGUGAACUCGAAAGUCCAUGUCAGAUUUAUUGUUGCUCUGCUGAAAUUCAUCAAUUGGAAGAUCCACAACCAGAUCAUCCACCAGAGAAAAAAUCUAUUUCAGAUCAUCUGGAGCAACCUUUAAAUAUUCAUGAAGAGAAGCGUAAAGUAAGCAAAGGUUUUCAAAAUGGCAUUAAUCCAUCUGAUCCUAGCACACAAACUCUCGUAAAAGAGAGCAAUUACAAAUAUCUACAUAAAAGGACAAAACGAGAAACUGUUGGUGCAGAUUGGGGAGAAGUAGCUAGUAACGCUGCUGGUUCUUUACCACCAGAACCUAAACCCCAAUUGUUUAUAGUUGCCAAAAGCUUUAAUGUCUCCUUAGAUCAACGAUAUUGCACUGCUGCCUCACCAAAUACUCCAAACAAUAUUAGUUGUAUUAUACCAUUAUCUAAACAUAUGCCUGAUAUGCAUCUUACGUUACAUUUUCUCGGUAUGCCUUGGUUUUGGCAAACGGUGCAACAAUGUCCAGUAUCAUCGACUUCUAUUGACGAAACAAUGGUAUGCGGUUGGACUUAUACUUUGCAACAACAACAAACACAAUAUAUUGAAAAUAACAAUCAACCAGGCGAUCAAUCUUUUCCUUUGGAUGUAGCACAUUAUCUCAGGAAAACAUUAAAAUUUCGUGUACCCACUGUACAGCCCCAAGAAAAUAUCUGUAAGAAUCAACAUGGCGUUGAUUAUUUAGAAUUCACAUUGCACUUUUAUCGGGACUGCAAUGAAUAAUUUUUCAUCACAUGAAUUAUGUUUUACCAUGAUAUAGAAAGAGUGACACAGAAUUUCAGUGUACAAUUCAAUCAAUCUCAACAGUAAGUGAUAAUAUUUACAAUAAACCUGAUUGUAAAUCUCUCCCGUGCCUUAGGAUACUCUGUAAUUCUUUUUAUGUCUUCUCUCUCUCUCUUUCUCUUUCUCUCUCUCUCUCUCUCUUUCUCUCUUUCUCUCUCUCUUUCUCUCUCUCUCUCUCUUUCUCUCUCUCUCUCUCUGUCAUAAAAAUUUAAACAGAUAUUUAAUACAUGGGCAUUAAAUUUUGAACAAACUGCACAUAGUAUUUUGUAAGUAGUUAUAUAUUUUAUAUAUUUUCAUAACGAUCUAUGGCAAAUGUGUCAGAUAUCAUUAUCCAAUGAAACAUAAUUGUUCAAAACUUUUUAUUUUAAUCUAAUAGAAGUUGGAUGAUAAGUGAUGAAUGUAUACUGAAAAAAAUGAAAAGAAAAAAAUGUUUUAAUUUAUAAAUAAUUACAGACAAACAAAUUUGCAUUAUGACAUAUGUAUGUAAAAUUAAUUUGAUAUUACAUCAUAGCUAUCUUUUUUAAUAUAUUAAGCGCAAUUGUAAAAUCAUAUCGAAUCAAAUAUCAAUUGAUUUGGUCAAUUCUCCUUUGAAAUUAUGCAUAACUAAUGAAGGAGAAAUUUUGUCAUAUAUAUCAUUAUUUAUUAUUAAUUACAUUCUUCUAUAAUACUGUCAUUAUCAAAUACUUUUGAUAUUAUAGGAUUUCAAGUUCCUAGAAACAAUAUAUAUAAUAAAAAAAUUUGUUUUUAAAACAAAUUAUUUUAAGAUACUUACAAUUAAUAAUGCAUUCAUACAUGAUCCUAAUUUUGUUUGGGCUUUAAUUAAACUUAUUAUGUAUUAAUAUGUAUUACCUCUUCUUUUGUACAAAAUUAAAUUAUCACAAUUUUUUUUAUUUAAAAUCCUCAUGUAUUGGAACAUGCAAUGGAAAUGUCUAUUGUUAUAUAAUUAAUUAUAAAAAUAUAUAAUAUUAUUAAUUAACACAAAGAAGAGAAGAAAGAACAAAGAAAAUAAUAUGAAAGAAAUGAUUGUGAAAACAUUUCCUUUUCAAUCAAUUUUAUAGAAUUAUUUCUAACAAUUUGUUACAUGAAAAUUUUUUAAUUUUUAUUUCUUAGAAGAAAAAAAAAAUAUUAAGAAAUAGCAAGUUACGUGCAUUGUAUAACUUACUGCCGUCCAUAUAUUUUUUUUCUGUUUUUUUUUUUUUUUUUUUUUUUUUUUUGGGGCAAAUACAUAUGCAUAAUACAGGGUGAAGCAAUUACAUGCACACUUUGAAUAACUUCUAAAUUAUUAUGUAUAGUAUAUGCGAAAGUUACAUGAUUUUUUGUUUAUAUAUAAUACAUAAUUUGGGAAUUAAUUAGAGUGUAUCUGUUAAAUGUUUCGCUCUGUAUAAUAGAAUUUAUAAUUUAUAUGAGAAUACCAAUGCAACAGAGACUCAUAUGCACAAAUUUGUGAUGUAUCGUAGUAAACAAGAAAAAAAAAUGAAUAUAAUUUUAAAUUAAUAAGAAAUAUUAUCGAUCAAUGUAUUAUCAUAUACAUAAAUUGUAUAAAAGAGAACAUAUUAUUAUUGUACAAUUAUCAGUGACUGUGUGCUUUUAGGAUAAAAUAUAGUAUAAGCAUUUUUUUAUUGUGUAUCUUACUUGCCUUAAUAUUAAAAAAAAAAAAAAAGAAAAAAGAAAAAAGAAACAAAAAGAAAAUAUUAUCUGAUUACCAUUAAAUAGUAAACACUCUUUCGUUACAUAAGUUUAAAUUAUGUUUGACAUAUUAGUAAAUAAUUAACAGGGUACAAAUCAUACAUAAUAAGAUUAACAUAACACACAAGUGAUUUAAAAAGAAAAAAAAAAAAAAAAAAAAAAACAAAAACAUAUACAACAAGUAUAAACAGAAUACAUGAACAAAUUUAAUCGAAAUUAUUCUUAAAUUAUUAUAAGUUACUCGACAUAUGUAUGGGUAUAUAUAUAUAUACA